AUGGCGCCCUUCGCCGCACGAGCAGUGCCCCUUAUCCUGCUGGCCGUCGCCGCCGCAGCCCAGCCGCUGUUUGUACUGCCCCCGACCACGACAAUCGAGGAGCUGGAGGCGGCGCGGGAGCAGUGGCGCGACGAGGGGCCGGAGAGCUACGUGAUGCGCUACCAGCGCACCUGCGACUGCGGCUUCUGCGGCUGCGACCGGGCAUACGACGAGCCGUUUGUGGUGACGGUGGAGAGCGGGGUGGUGGCGCAUGUGGAGUACCUGACCCCGUACGAUUUCUUCAGCCGCCCGGUCAGGGAGGAAGUGGCGGCGAACAUCCCCACCGUGGAAGGCGUGUUCGACAUGAUCGCCGACGCCAUCCUGUGGGGAGGCGGCCCGGUGCACGUGGCCUACGAUCCGGAGACGGGCGCGCCGCUGGAGGCCUUCACCCUUUUCGACUACAACGACUACUUUGACGAGGACUACAACUUGGACGUCCACAGCGUCCAGUUCAUGGGGUCGGAGUUCAGCGACAACGAUGACGAUUCGGGCUUGGGGGGCGCUAGCCCGGUGGAGCAGUUUAAACGCGCUUUCGCCCAGUGGUUCGCCUUCAGGCCGGCUAGCUACAAACUGAGGUUCUUCGUGGAGUGCUUCCAAUUCGACAUCCCCGAGCUGAGCUUUUGCCCACCGACGCCAGAGCUCCAAGGUCCGUUCAUAGUGUCGGUGGAAGGUCGUGAGGCAGUCGAUAUCGUGUUCGCCCCAGAGGCCAAUGUGCCACCGGGGACGCCCAUUGACCCAUCUUUCGUGGCCACGGUGAUCGGCCUGUUCGACUUCAUAGGUGAGGCCCUGCUCUACAACCCCGCCCUGACGGAGGUGCAGGUGACGUACAACCCUCAGACCGGGGUUCCCGAGUACUUCUUCUAUGACGAAGUCAAGCCGCUCCCUGGCUUCGAGAUUGCGUUCCACACCGAGCUGCUGUAG